AUGUUGGGGCUGACAAUGGUUUUGCUAGGUCUGAUAAUGUGCAAUUUGGUGAUGAUAAUAUUCACACUAGAGAAAAUAUGGUUGAAACUAGAACUGAAACUAUGGCUGAUAAAGGCUGGACAUAUGGGUGAUAAGACUGGAUAUGUGGUUAAUGGGGCUAAACUUGUGCCUGAUGGGGCAAAACAAAUAGCUGAUAAAGCUAGCUAUGUACCUAAUGGGACUGCAGCUCAACCACCUCAUCCACAAAAUAGAAACAACAAAGAUAUAAGUGAAAACACAUCAGGUAAUGGACCAAGUGUUGGUGAAACAGGACGAGAUGUUGGAGUUGCUGGUAAGGGUACAUUAGUUGGUGUUGGGGUUGCUGGAGUUACUGGCAAGCAUACACUUGGGGUUGCCAAGGUUGUUGGAUCAGUUAGGGUUGCUGAAAGGGGUGGAUCAGUUAGUGUUGGCAGGAGUGUAUCAAUUGGAAGGAGUUCAUUAGUUGGAAGGAGUGCAAAAGUUGGUGGUGAAAACAGGGAUGUAUCAGUUGGUGGUACUGGAAGAGGUGGAUCUACUAUUAAUGGUCUACCAGGGGUGUAUCAAUUGGUGGUGCUGGAAAAGGUGCAUCUACCACUAGUGGUGCUAACGGAAAUGAAUCUACUACUAGUGGUUCUAGUAGUAGUAGCCCAAGCAUUGGAGCUACUGGUAAAAGUGAAACUGCUGUUGAAGGUGCUGGCAAGGGUGGCCCAACAAUUGCACGUCUUUUGGACAAGAUUAGGCAGUGAAAGAAUUUGA